AUGAGUUGGUAUUGCUGUGAUUCAUCGUCCCGACUCAAUAAAGCACUGAAAAAGAUAAAUGGCAAACUGAGGCAGCACCCUUCCUCUGAUUUGACUGUUUCGCCUAAGAAACUUACACAACCUGCUUACAAAGAUGAGCCUAAUAACACGGCUGAAAGAGCUAUCAACGACAGUUGUCCACCUAUCGCGGAAAUUUAUACUUACAGACAGCUAGCUGAUGCAACACAUAACUUCAAUCGUAAAUGUCUGGUGAAUGUAGGCAUCUUUGGGAAUGUUUACAGAGGACAACUCGGAGAAGCAAGAGAGAUUGUAGCGAUUGAACAUUUGGACAGAAAUGGAUCACGAGGAGAUAGUGAAUUUGAUGUACAGGCGAUGAUGUUGAACCUCCUAAAUCAUCCAAAUGUGAUCAAUCUUACAGGAUACUGUACUCGAGGAAAUGAUAGGUUUUUAGUUCAUGAGUAUUUGCCUUUGGGAUCCUUAGACAAGCAUCUGCACGACAGAUCAUCUCUGCAUACACCAACAUUAGAUUGGCACACGAGAACGAGAAUAGCUCUGGGGACUGCUAACGCGUUAGAAUAUCUGCACAAUAAAGCCAACCCUCCUGUCAUAUAUCGCAAUCUGAAACCCUGCAACAUCUUACUAGACAAUGACUAUAAUGCUAAGCUCUCUGAUUUCAGCCUGUCAAAGUUUGGACCUAUUUGUGAUAAGGAACAUGUUUCUGUGAGAGUUCGGGGAACAUUUGGCUACAUUGCACCGGAAUAUGUGAAAAGAGGUUUUUUGUCUGUCAAGGCAGAUGUAUACAACUUUGGAAUUGUUUUGUUAGAGUUGCUCACAGGUCGAAGAGCUGUCGACAUUAUAAGGGAAACUAAGGACCAGGAGCUGUCCUAUUGGGCCAAUCGAAUGGUAUUGAAGAAAUCAAAGAAGAUUCUAGAGUUAGCAGACCCGCUUCUGCAGGGGAAUUUUCCAUCUCGAAGCUUCUACCAAACAUUCGCGGUGGCAGCCAUGUGCCUUGUAGAAAAUUUAACAGCACGACCCAUGAUGAGUGAUGUAGUGGCCGCCAUCUCGUACAUUUCAUCCGAUUGCAACCUUGACAACACGAAUAAUUCUCCACUACAUGAAGCCUAAUUGAGUAGAGCAUAUUAUAGGGAUGAAUUGCACAAUACCAAAACAUCAUUCUUAUGGACAGCAGCAUCAUUCUAAUAUGAAUAUAUGAUGCUUGUUUUCUUUUCAAUCUCAUUAUUGCAGUAUAUGAUGCUAAACCUUGGUAUACCCCUUGUCCCUCUAUUGCUUAUUGUUCUUAUGUUUUCAAUACUCUCUUUGUAUUUUUUUUAAUUGUAUGUAUCAACACUUCUCUAAAUUGAUUGUUUUUAAGCGUAAUUGCGCAAUAUACUUGAAAUAAUUGAACCUUUGGAGAGUCUAUUAUGUA